CUCUCUUUCACACAUACUCGACAGCAGCGAGGCGGCUGGGACACGACGAGCAGGAUGGAGGAGGAGGCUUCAUCACAUCGCUCUGUGGCUGAACUCGCCAGAAGAUUCAAAGGUGCAGCUCCGCCACAAAGUUCUGCUGGGAAUGAAGCGGAAAAGCCGGUGCGACGACGACCACCUCGCACCCUACAGCUCUCCAAACCACCGGGACCCGAGCAGGAGCCUCCUGCAGGUGGCCCCACUUCACCUGUCAAAGUCAAGAGGAACUCUGGUCUGAUUGAGAAACUCCAGGCUGAACUCACGCUCUCACCCACGGGUCCCCCUAUAAAGAGCCCUGGCAUCAGGAUGCUGCCUCCCGGCUUCCCCCUGCCCUCUCCUGGCUCCGCCCCACCUACUACCUCUGUAACCACCUCCUCAUCCUCGGUGACCCCCACCAGCCCGGUCACCUGCACUCCUGUGACCAAAGAGGAAGGCCCCGCCUCCUUUGAAGACCCUCCCAUUGCAGCAGAGGGAUCCGUCCUGCCGAGCAUCAACAAGGGUAGAGCUCGCCACUCCAUCCGGCGCCGGCCUCCAUCCCGCCGCCACAGGACGUCCAGCAGUGGAGAUGUGGAGACCAAAGAAGCAGCAGACACACAGCUGAGCGCCCCGAUGGACACAACUACAGCAGGCGGAGAGCAGGAGGGCAACGGAGGGGUUUUCAAGGAGGAGGAUCAAACAGGAGCUUCGACGGCUCCCGAGAAAAACGAAUCCCACGAAGAAGAUGAGCCAAAGAGCAGCAGUGAUAUGAAGGAGGGAGAGGAGGGGUCGGUGGGAGGACAGGAGGAAGAGGUAUCAUCACCAUCAGAAACGAAGGAGCUGGAAGACCAGGAGACAAGUUCAGCGGAAACACAGGAACAAGAUCCGGCCGAAGAGGCUGCAGAGACAGACAGCAGAGAAGAAGAAAAGAAAGAGGAGGCGACGAGUUCAGCCCGAUGAGGAGCCGGACAUUUGGCCGAGCCGCCACGAUGAGCCCCUGGAGUGCUGGGAUGGAAACCCUGUAUCAGCAGAGCUUGGCUGGAAAGGCCUGCGGACGCUCAGGAGACCAAAAUUUAGAAGCUCCGAGGCUCCGCCUGCAGUCUGUGAGCAGGUGAAGACAUUCGGCCAAUCAUGCGACAGCUUUCCUUCAGCCAGACGAGCCGCUGAGCUCCUUCGUUUUUUCCUUUCCACACCGCAACACUGCAUUGAUCCUUUUUAAGAGAAUAAUGUGACUCCUUUCUUUUCUUACUGUGUGGUGCCUUUAAAGCCUUGAUGAUGAUGAUGAUGAUGAUGAUGAGUGAUUCUGUAUUUAAAGCCGUGUCUGUGCCUGAUCUAAACAUGGUCCAGUGCUCUUCUUGAACUAGCUCCACAGUAGGGUUUAAUAUUUUCCCCGAAAAUGACAUGAAUCAAAUCCUGGGAAAAGAUGAGCCAUUUCCCGGGAAUCCUGGGAAAAGGUUUUUUUAAUUUUAUUUUAAUUAGGCCUU